CUGUGACCCCGUCUGGGAAACCGGGGUGAUUUUUUCUUUAGCCGAAUGGCUGAUCGAUUGACGGAACUGCAGGACGCAAUUAACUUGCAGGCAGAAAACUUGUGCAACGCAAUCGGAGUUAUUCAACAGGUAGCCCAACCGAGCUUUUUCUCCGACUUUAAUUGGAGUUCGCGUGCAUCCAAGCCAGAGUAUCAAGCUUUUCUCCAGGGUCAACCCCCAGACGAUAUCGGCCGUAACUUUGCUGUUGUCAUCGCAGCCACAGCUCGUCAACUGGACGCCUUGAUUGGCUCUCUUCCGGAAGAAGAGGCCAGUUCCGAGAUCCAGCGUGCUGCAUUCCAACGUUUGGUGGAAGAUUAUCGCACAGAGGGCUGGAAACUUACCCGAGUAACUGAACGUCUCGAAUCUCGACUGACGGAGGUGCGCCUAUUCCUCACUGCCAUAGCUCAAACACAGUUGACCACGCAAUCUCUGGAAACUGAGAAGAAAACCAAAUCCCCUGAGGGCGCCAUUUCAGCUCCGGUGCUAAGGUCUAUCGCGAAUUCUAUGGAAACUAAACAACCUCCGAGUGUGCCGGAAGAGGUCGACUUCUCAGACUGGAAUCCGCCCGCGACGGAAGGCCAGUGGUUUCCUCACCUUGCGCUCACUCUCACCGUGAUUGUCUUUUUCCGCCUAAUCAGAGCGUUUGGUGUCGUGAAUUGGUGUCACAAAUGGCUUGUUUUCCUGUCCAAUAUAGCAACGACAGCUGGACGUGCACGUCGUACCGAACGAUUCAAGUUGGCUGCCGAAUUGACGGAGUUACGAGCAACUUUAAAAACUAUCAAAAUGGGGGAGCAGUUUGCCCAAUAUUCCCGCUGUGAGAGGCGGAUAAAGGCGCUGGAACGCCAACUAUCUCAAACGCGGCCGGAGACACUAAGCGGUUCAUUCAUUCGGGCUAUGGUCAUCAACGUACUUCUCUACGUCUUGGAGGGCAUUCUUAUUGUCUGGCUCAUUGCACGGGCUCCUUCCAAAACUAUCAGUGAACGAAGUCUAGAGGAUGCUGAACUGCGUGAUUCCUACUUCCUACCCUUUUUGUACGGUCUCCAGUACGUCCCCUCGAAGAUCCUCUCACUUGUUUGGAUUUGUUUGUGCCACAGUGUGGCUAGACCGGUCGCUACCCAGCUGCAGUCGCUCAUAUCCCAGUCAACUUGGUCGGUUACACUGGACAAUGGUGCUCUGGGAGAACAGUACCCCGACUCGUUGUAAAUACCAAACUCAAACAUUUUGACAGAAUGUCAUACUACAUUUGUUGGGUUUUGUACCUCGAUGGAUGAUCCAUUUCAAUGACAUUUCCUGGUUUUGUGCUGUCUCAGUUGUGACAUGUUUUUGUGACAAUAAAUUUCAUGUGCUUCACGUCUG